GGCGCCUGUCGUCAGAUCCGCAAAGCAUUUCGGUCUACUGGAGGCUGAUUCGCCCAAUAAUACAAACAAACCGCCAGUCAUAGUGGAAUCGGUUGAACAUGCGAAAAGCCGCCUGCUUAUGAAUUAACAUAAAUUUAGCCUCCAUGAAUGCAUGCUUUUAUUAUUUCCUCACUCUUUUGGAAGUGGCAGUAUAUAAUUGCGCAUGAACUGGGAUAAAAUAUCCAGCACGCGUGACAAAUAGCUAAUCCUACAAUAGGAAACACACAGUAACACUCCAGUAUGGCGGACAGUUUGAUGAGUAAAGCAGCCACUAUGGAGAUUCCUAUUAACAGUAAUGGGGACUCUAGGAAUCUGGCAGAAGAUGACAGCCUGGAGCAGGCUGCAAAGAUUCAGUGGAGCUUAAGAGAGAAGGACUUACAGCAGGUCAUGGUGUCUGGGCCCAACCUAAAUGAGACCAGCAUUGUAUCAGGUGGUUAUGGAGGUACAAAAGAAGGCAUCAUUCCGACCAGUUCCAUCAAAGGCCCUGCGGUCCGUCUUAACACUGACUUUUUGGGCAACAGACGCAUUCCAAAUGAAGGGCAAGGGUCCAACAUGCAUCACGGCAGUAGCAAUUCCUCCAUGACAGCAGAAGAGGCCACAAGAGGUGUUGCUGUGGAGAAAUUUGACAUCGUGAAGAAAUGGGGCCUGAACACAUACAAGUGCACCAAACAGAUGAUCUCUGAGAGGUUUGGCCGUGGCACACGUACUGUGGAUUUGGAACUGGAGGCUCAGAUCGAGGUUCUGCGGGAAACCAAACGGAAGUAUGAGAACAUGCUGCAUUUGGCUCGAGCGCUAACCAACCACUUUUACAGCAUGGUGCAGACGCAGCACGCCCUCGGAGACACUUUUGCCGACCUCAGUCAGAAGUCUCCAGAACUUCGGGAUGAGUUCGGAUAUAAUGCAGAAACACAGAAGUUGUUGUGCAAGAAUGGAGAGACUCUGCUCGGUGCCAUCAACUUCUUUGUGUCCAGCAUCAACACACUGGUGAACAAAACAAUGGAAGACACAUUGAUGACUAUCAAGAUGUAUGAGAAUGCCAGGCUCGAGUUUGAUGCAUACAGGGCAGAUCUGGAAGAGUUGAACACGGGCCCACGGGACGCUGUUACUAUGGCUCGUAUCGAGGAUGCUCAGCAGCUGUACCAGAUCCACAAGGACAAAUAUGAACGUCUCCGCAGUGAUGUCAGCAUCAAGAUCAAGUUCCUGGAAGAAAACAAGGUCAAAGUGAUGCACAAGCAACUUCUGCUGUUCCAUAAUGCCAUCUCUGCCUACUUUGCUGGAAACCAGCAACAGCUGGAACAGACCCUCAAGCAGUUCAACAUUAAACUCAAACCACCAGGGGCUGACAAACCUUCUUGGCUGGAGGAACAGUGAAAUGCCCGUUUACCCCUGGCUUCCUGUUACAUGUCUUUAGCCACACAGAGCAACACCGUAGGACCACAAGAGACCAGCAUUCUGAGAUGCUAGUAGAGACAGGGGCUCCAACAAAGCCUCCUUCACACUAGCUCUCUCUAUACUUCUCUUCCUUGAUUCUUCUCCUCCUCCUCCUCAACCGGUUCUUGCUCUGAGACUCUUUUCAAGUGUCUGAAUAGUUACCUCUAGUAUGUAACCGGUCCUUAAGGCUCCAAUCAAAUGUCAAAGGCAUCCGUUUCGGCUUCAUCCCUGUAAAUAUCAUUAAACCAACUGAAACAAUCUUUCUGAUAUAUCAGUCAGAACAGCUUUUUUUCCAGAUUUUUUUUUCUCUCUCUCUCUGUCUCUGUCUCUCUCUCUCUCUCUCUCUCAGU